AUUUCUGUCAUGGGCCAGACUGACUCGCAGUCGCAGGAAGAUGAGGAAGUGGACGUCUGCGCCAUACAAACUCUCUACAAAAGUUUCAUCAUGGAGUGCCCAAGUGGAUCGUUAUAUCUGCACGAGUUCAAGAAAAUAUUUGGGAUUAAAAACGACGACACCCCCGAGUCACUAUAUAUGGAUAAUUUGUUUAGAUCAUUUGACAUGAACGGGGAUGACGUUCUAGACUUCAUUGAAUAUGUCGCGGCACUCCAUCUUGUUCUGCGUGGGAAACUAGAGGACAAACUCCGAUGGUCAUUUAAAGUGUUUGACAAAGACGAGAACGGGCGUCUAGACAGAGACGAGUUAAAACAGAUCAUCAAAAUUAUAUACAAAUUGAAAAAUGGACAAAUGUAUGAUGACGCCGGCAGGCAGCUAACCGUUGAUGAAAUGUGCGAGCGACUGUUUGAUACAAUAGAUAAAAACGGCGAUGGCCACAUCUCACUGGACGAGUUUUUGGAAGGAUCCCAGGAGCCCUGGAUACGUAAUUGCCUCCAGUUGGACGUCAACCCAUGUGCCUGGGUAAACCAGCAUCAGGACCAGAUCAGUGGAUAUAAAAAGCCUAUAUCCAAGGAUCCAAGAUUACGUGAUUACUGAUGGACGUGCUAUGAGAUUCCUAAGGACAUA